ACGGUGCAUUUCAGCGUAUUCUCUGACUGUUACGCGUGUUUUGGUGUUUCAAAUAGACACGCCAUGUUACUGAGCAUGCCACGAAAAGAUGAUUUAAUUUGAUUUGCAUGCUCCUCUCUUACAUGGAACCUCGGCGCGGACAAUUCAGAACAAAAUGUCCUUAUUUGGCGGAGCGCAGCGUUUACAUUAGCUCUGCGCAGCGGUUCUUAGGACACGGUUUGUCCAUUCCGAAAUCCGCUGUGACAUUUUCUCACCGCAGCUCUCCGGUGGAAAGACAAAGUUACGUAAGAUAAAUGUCGCACUGAAGAAAAACUUCCGCUUUCAAGUUGACCAGUGGCUUGAGAAUGCAGGCUGCAGCACGGUGUGGUGGAACUGUCAUGACUGCAGCUGUAGCAGUAAACUACUGCAGAAAUCAUAUUCAUAGACACGGCUGUGGUCACGGCCGAGUCUGACACAAUGCCAGGACAAAUCCCAGAUCCCUCUGUGACAGCAGGCUCCCUCCCCAGCCUGGGCCCACUAGUUGGGAUCUCAGCCACCACGCUGACUGACAAGCUCAAAUUUGGUGACAUCCAGGACUUUGGGACAAUGUUGUCACCUCUGCACUUCCUGGACUGUCUGGGGAAAAGGCCCUUGGUCAUCAAAACAGAGAGAGAUGAAGAGGAAGAGAGGAGGAAACGAAGGCGGGAGAAGAACAAAGUGGCUGCAGCUCGAUGUCGAAACAAAAAGAAAGAGAGGACAGAUUAUCUACAAAAGGAAUCUGAGAGACUAGAGAUGUUAAAUUCUGACCUUAAAGCCCAGAUCGAGGAGCUGAAGCUCGAACGACAGCAGCUGAUCCUCAUGCUUAACCGCCAUCGCCCCACGUGUAUUGUCAGAACAGACCGUGUGAAAACCCCGGAGAGUGAGGUGAACCCCCUGCUGCAGCAGCUGGAGGCCAAGUGAAGGUGCAACGGAUUUCUACAGUUUUACACUUGAGAAGAAGCAGCCAACUAGCAGCACUUAGUUUUGGGCCUCUAUCAUGGAGGAGAACCAGCCAAGCCCUCCUACCUUAAGUCACAAAAUGUGGAUCAAAUAGGACUGGACGCUGUUUUGACAGUGAAACCUUUUGCUUUCUCUCUGUUGCUUUUCCACUGAGCCGUCAGAGCUCCAGCCGCUAUCACUAUGAAGUUUAAUAGGAAAAACACAGCCAGUGGCAAAUUACCAUACAUUCUUAACAUUAGCCAUAGCCAACUUGGCAUCAAUUCAGUACAUUAACAGCAGCUAAAUUUGAGUUUGGUAGCAGUAGAAGUUUUCAUUAUUGAAAAUUUCAGUUGAUGUGAGGUUGGUAAUUUUCAUGUCGUCAUGAAAAACAGUGGUUUUAUACAGUAUGUGAUCAUAUGUGAUAUGUGUGAUUUGAUUGUGUUGCCCUUGUUAAGAUGCAUUGUGGGAAUCAUAGGAAUUGCAAACAAAAUGGCAGGUAGAGAAUAGGCACAUUUUGUAAAAUAUAGAAAAAUAACGUGGACUACAUCGACCAUCACAUACUUAUGGUAUGUGGUGUUUUGUUUUAUUUUCUCAGUCAGUUGAAAAAAGGUCAUUCCCUGUUUUCUAAAGGAAGCAGUUACACCUGCAGACACACCCAGAAGCAGUUUUACUGCACAAUUCAACAUUUUUGGUCAUUUUUGUUCAAGACGUUUGGUGGCACAGCGGUCAAUCCUCCUUUUUUUCUUUACUCCUAUGUUUUGGCGCAGGCGUCAUAUAUGCACAUAUAUAUGGACUGUUUACAUCGUACUUUAUGUUCUGUUACCAUAUUGUUACUACUAAUUGUUUUU